AUGGCUUUGGCGCCCAGGGGAAAGAGCGAGGAGUGCUCUGAGAUGGCCCAUACCACCGUUCCUCCUGCUCCUCCAGCACCUCCAUCCCAACAACAGCAGCAGCAACAGACCCAACACCACCACACACAGCUGAUGCUGGCAGGCAGUCAGCUGGCAGGGCUUGCCGCUCUCCUCCCGGCCCAGCAGCAGCUGCUCCUCCAACAGGCUCAGGCUCAGCUCCUGGCGGCCGCCGUCCAGCAGUCGAAUGCGGCGCACGCUGCUCACGCUGCUCACGCUGCACACGCCGCCGCGCAGCAACAAGCCAACCAGCAGCAGCAGCAGCAGCAGAGCCAAUCACAGUCCCAGCAGCAACAGCAGCAGCAGCAGCAGCCAACCAAACAGGAGCAGACGGUCCAAGCCCCGCCUCCACCACCGCCACAGCUGGCUCUGUCACAGCCGAUCCAGCUCACAGCGCAGGAUAUCCAGCAGUUGUUGCAGCUCCAGCAGCUGGUCUUGAUGCCGGGUCACCCUCUCCAGUCUCCUGCCCAGUUCCUCCUGUCUCAGCCAGCACAGGCACAGCAGCCACAGCAGGGUUUGCUUUCAACACCAAAUCUGAUCCAGCUACCUCAGCAAAGCCCGGGAGGACUACUGACAACACCACCUCGCCUCGGACUUCAAGCACAGAGGGAGAAGAGCAGCGACGUUGUGGUCGGGGGAAGCAGCGGCGGCGGCGCUGGCUCUCUAGUUGCUACCGGCAGCGGUGGCGUCGGUAUCGUGACAUCUGUGGGAGCUACCUCUGCGUCCAGCAGCGCCAUGGCUUCCUCAUUGAGCUCCAGCUUGACCCCAGGAGGCCACGGGGGUCACAUGGGGGAAGAGCCCAGCGACCUGGAGGAGCUGGAGCAGUUUGCCCGCACCUUCAAACAGCGACGCAUCAAGCUGGGAUUCACACAGGGAGACGUUGGUGUUGCUAUGGGCAAACUGUAUGGCAAUGAUUUCAGCCAGACCACCAUCUCCCGUUUUGAAGCUCUCAACUUGAGCUUUAAGAACAUGUGCAAGCUGAAACCGCUGCUGGAGAAAUGGCUGAGUGACGCAGAAACCAUGGCAGUAGACAGCAUGCUGCCCAGCCCCUCCUCUAUCUCCUCCCCGAUGUUGGGAAUUGAGGGGCUACCCGGCCGACGCAGGAAGAAACGCACCAGCAUCGAGACCAACGUGCGAGUGGUCCUAGAGCGCAACUUCUGCACGAACCAGAAGCCUACCUCGGAAGAGAUCCUGCUGAUGGCGGAGCAGCUCAACAUGGAGAAGGAGGUGAUUCGUGUUUGGUUCUGCAACCGCCGGCAGAAAGAGAAACGCAUCAACCCCUCCAGCAGCACCACCCCUCCCCUGCCCAGCCAGACCUCGCCUGUUGUGACGCACAAAGCCUCCUGCUACAGCCCGCACAUGAUAUCGAGUCAGGGUCUGUCCCAGGUCACCACCAGCCUCAGCACAACAGCCGCCAGUUCGUCACCUUCAGCGUCCUGCCCAAUGACCCCCGUCAGCUCGGCUGCAGUCGGCUCCACCUCUACUUCUGUGACUCCACCUCCUCAUAGCACAGCCAGCCCCGCCCCGCCCAGCCUCGGGGCCCACGGGCUCAACACUGGCCCAUCAUCUUCCUCUCUUCCAUCGCUACCAGCCCUGGCAGCCAGCAGCGGUCAGCUGUCCAUCUCCAGCCUCGAGGGGGGGGCGGGUCACAUGCUUCUGGGUGGACCUGGGGGUCCCACUGUCCCCGCCUCCCUCCGCCCCUCCCUCUUCCUCAACCGACCCACCCUCCUCCCCAUGGUGACCGGCUCCAUGGUGACCACCUCCACGCCCACCAUGGGACUGGUCAGCAGCAGCAGCGGUGGCGGGUGCGGCCCGCGGCCGUCCUUCUCCCAGUCUCCGCCGCCCGGUGCCAGCGACCUCAUGAGCCCGACCUCGUGCCCUGAGGAGUCCGCUUCUCCUUGUUCAAGUCCCGCCUCUUUCUGUUCCUUCAGCGAAGCCUCGCCGCCGCCCCUGGGAGGGGCCAUGGCCGAGUGAUCCCUGACUGACAGCCAAAGCAUCCUAUCAGAGGAGGACGAGGAGGAGGAAAAGGAGCAAAAAGAGUGUUAAAGGAGCUUUAUAAAUCUAAAUUUGCAACCUCGCCUUUCAACCAAAGCCAUCUCUCUGUCUGAUCCAUCUCUGAUUUCAUCUCUCUGUGUCCCCCCGCUGAAGUCUUCUGAAGCCAAAAAUAUACACAGAUGAAUGAGGGGAGGAAGCAAAGAGAGAGGGAGGAUGGAGAGGAUAGAGAGAACUGCAGAAUGGAGGGGAGAAAUCUGAAACCAAAUAAUGACCUACAGCUGGAGAGGUGGCACUGAGGAGUGUUUUUGCUUGGCAUCGGGGGAACAAACACCACGCUUUUUAUCGGCUGGAGAAAAAAAAAAGAACUCAAUGAGGGCAGGGAUGAGAACUGAAAACUGUGUGUGAGAGAUGGGAGGCAACAAGAAAAGACUUGUUUAACAAGCUCAGAAGGUCCAGGAAGGUGGCUGCAACCAAAUUAAAAAAAAAAAGAAAAGAUGCUAGAAGAGAAACACACACCUACAAAGAUGAAAACCAAAAUCUCCAAAUACCAAAAACUGAAAACCAAAAAACAAAAAAAAGACAAAAAAAGACAAAACAAACGGAGAGAAAAGCUUUAGUUCAAAAAGACUUUUACAUUCUGAUCUGUCCAGGAUCAGUUCAGUACUUCAUUCUACUUCAUGCCAAACAUUUUCCAUUUCACUCAGGAUUUCUGUUAUUUUUAUUUUGAGUUCAAGAUUUACAAAACACUUAUUUUUCUAUUAUUUUAUAUUAAUCGCUCUUUAUGGUAUUUCUUGCCAAAUGCGUACAGUUUAAUGUUUUACAGCUGAUCCCACAUGCAGGGUAUCUACCUACCUCUCUCUUUACAGCUUUACCAGGAAGAACCUACCUUUCAUUACAACACAGUGUUUGUUUUAUCCAGCCUGGAGUAGCAGACGGGUGGAGUUUACUACCAUAGUUGCUAUAGCAUCAGGUAGGAUGCCAAUCCAUACAUACUCUAGUAUAAAUAUAACUUGUAAAUGCUUUCUUGUGGAUGCCUGAGCUCUCUGGUAUUCACUAAAUACAACUAUGUGGCAAAAUCCACCCUUCUGGUACAUAAAUAGGAUAAAACCAACCACACAUGUUGGAAAAUCCCAUUUGAUCCAGGUUUGUUUUAGGUUAAAAUGGUCUGAUUUGUUUGGUGUAUCGCUGUUAGUAUCAACUUGACAGAUCCAAAGUGAAUUUUUGGGAUUAUUUUCUGCUCAACAAGUAAAUUUCAAGCAGGAUUUUUAUCACCAUUAUCAUCAUCAUUGUCAAUAUUCUCACUGUAUCUGUAAUGUUUGCUCAAACUGAAGUAUACCCAACAUAUACUGCCUACAAAGAGGAUACACACACACACAACAGGCAGAUGUUGAUACUCUCGGGAUUCCUUUCAGCAUUAUUUGCCUUCUUUUAUUUAUUAUCACCCCCAUACCAUCGUCAUGUCAUUUUCCAGACUGCUCAUCUACCACCAGACAGUCACUCUUGGAUACCAAAGCAUCGCCUCUGGCAGCGUUGUCUCUGGAUUCGCCCGGGAGACGAGUGUCCAGACAAAACCUCAGCAGUGUCAAAGGGAAAAAAAUACACACACACAUACACACACUACAAGCAUAAGAAAGAGUCCAAACCAAAAAAAAAAAGAACAAAAGAAAGAGGUGAAGCACCGGCGUUCCCCUUACUGCCCCCAAACCCCUGCCCUCCAUCCCUCCCUCCCAUCUGCCCCUCUCCUUUGUCUCCAAAGAUCAGAUCAAAGGGCCAAAAGAAAAGAGGAGAAGAAGAAGAAGUGGAGGAGAAGGAGAAGUGGUCAGGAGCAGAGGAGCCAAAGGUUUGAAAAGCUGCAGGGGAAAGCAAGAAGAGGAGGAGGAGGAGGAGAAGAAAAAAAAGGAGGAAGAGGAGCAGGAGGAGGUGCGCGCAAAGCGGCGGACCAAAAAACCAAAAAGUAAUCCAAAACCAAAAGCUACUACUACUGCUACUAGUUAUGUAUGAGUGACUGAACUGUAACUAAACCAAAUACAAACAAAGAGGGGGAGGACGAGGGGAGAAAAGGGGGGAGUAAGGCCCUGUCUGUCUGUUCGUCUUUAACUGUGAUUGCUGUUCUUGUAUCGACAGACAGAAAUCGUUCCCUCCCUCCCUCUGCCGGCGACCUCGGCUUUGUUCUCACUUUCUUUUCCUGGAUGGAUAAAAUAUGGAAUAACCUCAACAAACUGACUUUGAGAAUAUAUAUAUUUUUGUUUUUGCUUUCCAUAGUGUGUCUGUUAAUGAUGUAUGGAUUUGUCUCAUUGCUUUCUACUUAUUAU